UACAGUAAAUCCGUUUUAAAUGGAGUAACCAGAGUUUAGAGGUUAUGUAUUGUAUUAAUAAGGUUAAAAAUAUAGAUUGUAAACAAUUUAACAAAUUAUUAAACAAUUUUAAUUAUUGGAAUGGCAUUAUUUCCUGCGUAUGAAGAAGCAGCAAAAGUAAAAGAUGGAAAUGAAACAUCGACGUCCCAUGGAGACUGGUUGACAAAUUCGAGUUAUCAAAUUGGAGCCGAUUUGUUUACAUCGUCAGAAGUGACCGAAAUUCGGGACAGUAGCGAAUCAGGGGCGGAAACAAAUCUAACUAAGAGGCCAGCGAAAAAGUCAAAGGUUCGCAAGCAUAAGAAACAAUGUCACGAUAAACCGGCAAAGGCACCUGAUGAUUUUCAUGUUGACACACGACGAAAUCUUGAAUUUUUAUCGGUGCAUACAAUAUCUCGGCCCGCGGCUCCAAAAUAUUCCACCUUUUUUAAGUUGGGAAGUGCUCAACGGACAGUAAAGAAAAAAUAUAAACGUUAUUACCAAAUAGUUGUUGAAAAAAAGGAUAAUAGUGCCGAUGAAGCCACAGUUACAAAAAAAGAUUUGGAAAAAAACAUUUCAGUGGAAAAAAAUGAAGAUUUUACAGGGUUUAAGCAAGAAUCUGAUAUGUCCAAAACCACAGCAUUCUAUAAUAAAAGUCUUGGAGAGAAUCCACGCAACAUUGAUUUAUGGUUACAGUAUGUACAUUUUCAGGAUGCAAUAUUUAAGUUUGAAAAGACUUAUAGAAAAGGUAGUUUUGCCAAGGGUACAAGAGUCACCGCCGAACGUAAACUUGCGAUACUUGACAAAGCACUAACUCUCAAUCCUGAUUCUGAAAUAUUAAUGAGAGAGAGAUUAAAUACGGCUGUUGGCACGUAUCCUGCCGAUGAAUUGCAAGUGCAAUUAAAAAAUUUGGUCGAAAAAGAUCCCGCCAAUAUUAUUUUGUGGCAAGGGUACAUUGAAGCGACGCAAUGUUCAAUGUCUCAUUGUAAUACUCCCGCAGUGUUAAAGUUGUACACAAAAAGUUUGGCAACACUGCAUCAUAUGAGGCGAAAUUCCGCUUUACAAAAGGCACAUUUGGAGGAAAACAUAUUGAGAAUGUUGUAUCAGUGCGGACUUUUCUUAAAGCAGACGGGGUUGUUUGAGCAGCUGUGGACUUUACUAAGACUGUAUCUAGAGUUAAAUUUGGCCCCAUCUGAUAAAAAUAAGUUCAAUAUUAGUAGCAAUUUUAAUGAUAAGCAGUUACUUGAACUUGAAGAGGUCGUUCUUAAGUCUCAAUUACCGAUACACGAAUUGUGGUUGCGUAUAGAGAGAUUACGUGAAGCUUGUCACUGGCUGCCCUUCACUGAAGAUGGAAAUUGCGAAGAUCCCCAGCGGAUCAUAUUUCCAGAAGAUGUAGCCGAACUAAUACAUCCAAUCACAAUGCCGGGCAAUAUGUUCAAACUGACUGCUACAAUUUUGACAUUACUUAAAACACCAUUACUACCAUCACGUCAUAGCACAAUGCAAGGACUUGGAUUGGAUUACGUGCCGUGGGCGUUAGAUUCAACCGAAACACUUCUUCCAAUGUUUUUUCCAAUUUAUCCAAUCGAUUUGACAAACAAAAAUUUUCUAGCAGAUACACAGCGACUGGCAGUUGGGCCGCAAUACUUAAAAACGUUCCCAGGGCAAGAGGAAUAUUUAGAAUUUCUACUUACUACAAUAAUGAAUUGCACAGAUUGUUUACAAGGGAAAGAAAAAAUUGCUGUUACGGUGUGGUGGUUUCGAUUUCAAAGGCUUCUCAUUGUUUUGGAUAAAGAGAGUAGAUUGAAGAUUUCGUCUGGAUUUAAAAAAAAAUUAAAAUCUUCUAUGAAGCAAUUACUCAAAUCUGAGGAGCACCGAAAUAACAUAAUUUACUAUCAGGAGUUCGCCCUUUUCGAAUAUCAGUCGGGAAAUGUUGAGAGUGCAGUCAAAAUUUUGACCACAACGUUAUCAACAAUAGCAACUAAUAACCCCCCUCUGACAGAAAUGCAACGUUGCGAAAUAUGCUUUCUGUUUCGGACUCUAACAGAACUAUAUUUAGAUACCGCUUCAGGUGAUGGUAAAAAAAAUGCGCUCAAAUGUCUAGUAGCGUUAGCAUCAGAUAAGCCGGUUAAUAGCCAUUUUGAGCUGACACAAGACUUGUUGGACGAAACCAAGCUAAAGUUUAAACAUGUCACGUUACAAAUGUUGGGCAAUGAAAUGCCAACAUUAAUGUCGGUCGAUCAUUUUUUGCCCAACUUGAUCACAGAUUGGAUAAUCUGUAAUGGCUGGUUUUUGUACUUAACAUCUGGAGCAAUUAGCUGUGGAACAUUUUUAGAAGACAUUCUUAGUACCAUCGAGGCUGCAACGUGGCAAAAAGAGAUCCUAUUCGAGUUUUACGUUGCUGUACUCUUUAGAAAUUGUAUGGAAAAUCCGGGAGCCGGCAUGUUCAAGUUACUGGACGAUGCUUUACAUAGAGCUAUUGAAGUAUUUCCGAAUAACUUAUUCUUGUUGAGUGUGCUUGCUAAAGAACUGACAAUAAAUUGUUCAAUGGGUCAACCGUGGUGGAAAAUCAAUAGGUUACUUAUGAAAACUGGACACGCCAUUCCUACUUUGGUUUUGAUUAUUAUGGCAAAUCAGCAUUCGUACGAAAUAAGGGAGAAAUGGGUCGACACUAUUACAGGGAGAGAAAUGACAGAAGACCCAAGUCAAGUGCACAGAAUGAUUUCGCUCUUCCGACGUGUGACCAGUUCCGAAAUGUGUACAAGGCGAUGCGGACUUGCAUGGAGACUCUAUCUUCAGUAUUUGCACGCACAUUUCGAUUUAUCCGUAUGUAGAAAUGCAUACUACGCUGCUGUAGAACAGUGCCCUUGGCUAAAGUCGUUAUACAUCGACGCUGCGAUUUAUAUUCCGGCGGAAUUAGCACAAAUUCAAGAUUUGCUAAUUGAGAAACAAUUAAGAUUACACAUUACCCCAGAGGAAUUGGAUAUAUUAAGAAAUUAGACGUGUUUAAUGUGUACUAUGAAUCAUUUCCUGUGAUAUGUAACAUAUUUUGUAACUGAGUACAAUAACAUUUUUUGUAACCAAUAAAUACAUGCUAGAACUAUUACAAAAUGCAAGAUUCUCUGUAAUUGGCAUUUGUUAAUAUAUUCAUUGUGGAUGU